AUGAAGAGAAGUUUACAGGCCCUCUAUUGCCAACUGUUAAGCUUCCUCCUGACCGUGGCGCUGACUGAAGCACUGGUAUUUGCUGCCCAGGAACCAUCUCCCAGGGAAUCUCUUCAAGUCUCCCCCUCAGGCACCAUCCCAGGCACCAUGGUGACAGCAUCCCUCAGUUCUACCAGACACUCCUCCGUGGUGGCCACCCCUGCCUCCGUGGUGACACCGACCCCUCAUCCUGAUGGACCCUCCUCACAGGCCACAGCUCCCAUGGCAACGACAACAUCCCAUCUAGAUGGACACCCUCCUACAAACACCAUCUCCACCAUCAAGGCGACAGCAUCCACCCCCCAUUCUGAAGGCCCCCUGUCCACAGGGCCACUUCCUGCUGCCCCGGCAACCACAUCCCCCCAUCCAGAGGGCCGCUCCCCGGGCGAGACUGUGCCCACCAUCCUGCUGACAAAGCCAGGGGAAGCCACCAGCCGUCCCCCCACAGCCCCUUCCAGGGCUACCACACGCAGGCCCCCCAGGCCCCCUGGCUCUUCCCGAAAGGGAGCCGGCAGUCCACCACGCCCUGUCCCUGCGGCACCCAGUGGUCACGCUGGGAGGAAGGAAAGCCAGCGGGGAAGAAACCAGAGCUCCACACAUCUGGGGCAGAAGCGGCCCCUGGGGAAAAUCUUUCAGAUUUACAAAGGCAACUUCACAGGGUCUGUGGAGCCUGACCCCUCCACCUCCACCGCGAAGAACCCGCUCUGGGGUUAUUCCUCCUCGCCACAGCCCCAGACAGUGGCCGCAACCUUGGCGCCCAGCAGGACCUCGUGGGUACCACCCACCACCCCCCUAGUGCCUGUGGAGGACAAGCCCAGCCUUAGCAGGGCAGACCAGGGGGGUGGUUCCACCUUCACCAGCCAAGGAGGGGAGCCAGAAGCCACAGCAGCCUCAGGCACCCCUGCCAGCCAACAGCGUGCCCCAGUGCCUUCCCAGCGCCCCCAUGGUGACCCGCAGGACGGCGCCAGCCACAGUGACUCCUGGCUUACUGUCACUCCCGGCACCAGCAGACCGCCAGCUACCAACUCUGGGGUCUUCGCAGCCACCACGGGGCCCAUCCAGGCUGCCUUUGACGCCAGUGUCUCAGUCCCUUCCGAGGGGCUUCCUCAGGGAACAUCCUCAGCCCCGCAGGCCCCAGCCCACCCAACAGGGGCUUCAGAAAGCAUUGUUUCCCAAGCCAAGGAGAAAGCUGUGGCCACCCCCACACCCACCACGAUGAGCAGGGUACCCAGUCCCCUCUCCACAGUGGUGUCCACAGCCACAGGAAACUUCCUCAACCGUCUGGUCCCCGCCGGGACCUGGAAGCCUGGAACAGUGGGGAACAUUUCCCACGUGGCCGAAGGGAACAAACCCCAGCACAGAGCCACCAUCUGCCUGAGCAAGAUGGACAUUGCCUGGGUGAUCCUCGCCAUCAGCGUACCCAUCUCCUCCUGCUCGGUCCUGCUGACCGUGUGCUGCCUGCGGAGGAAGAAGAAGCCAGCCAACCCCGAGAACAGUCUGAGCUACUGGAACAACGCCAUCACCAUGGACUACUUCAGCAAGCAUGCCGUGGAGCUUCCCAGGGAAAUCCAGUCCCUGGAAACCUCUGAGGACCAGCUGUCGGAGCCCCGCUCCCCGGCCAAUGGCGACUACAGAGACACCGGGAUGGUCCUCGUUAACCCCUUCUGCCAAGAAACGCUCUUUGUGGGAAAUGAUCAAGUAUCGGAGAUCUAA